AGGUUGCAUUAUCCACAUGCUGUAGGGCCGAAAAUAGGGUGUUCAGAACGUUAUACUCACUAUAAAGGACGAAUGAUGUACAAUUUCAGAUUUCUUUUCACUGAAGUGAUAUUGUCUUUUGCAUUAUGCGAAAUCAGUGGAAACGCUCUCAGAAUCCUAUAUUUCUUUUACGAUAACGAUCAACUUGUGGCGACGGUGUUCUCAACAUUGUAUGAUUGUUUCUACGAGAUGAUUAUGCCAUUGGAAACAUGUUGCUUGGUAGAACGACUCACUGCCACGCUAUGCUUUCAAUCCUACGAGAAAAAUCGGAAAUGGUUCCUUCUAGCGCUGUCACAACCGUUCUGUGUUGGAGUUGCAUUCUUGAGCAAUUACAUCAAGAGAAGACAGUGGACGUUCGCUUCGGCAAACUUAGUCGCAGCAAAUCUUUUCUCAGGGGAAGCAAUCAUGCCAUUUAUGGUAGGCGAUAAGAGAGAGUCACUGUUGCCUAUCAUUUCGUAA